AUGUGCAUCCAAAGGCCACGUGCACGAGGAUCGAAUGCUCGCAGAUCCAACAAGGCUUCUAUUGAGGAUAGUCACAGUGAGUACGGCUCACGCUUGGACCAUGCAAUUACUUUGACGACUGCGUCCCUAAAGGGUCUUGUUCAGUCGGUCUGGUAUCUGUUUACUUUUAGUAGCAUUGGAUCUUGGCUGCGGCGCAAAGACGGCCGCAAGGCCAUUUUCGAAGCAAUACAAGGAGGCAACGAAAUGGCAGUAAGGAUACUAUUACUUCGUUGUAGUAUCCGACCUCACGAGGGGGAAGAAGAGGAGGAAACUCCGACGGCUUUCUUGCUGGUAGGGGUGUGAACAUGGCAGCAUCCCAUUGUCAAAGCUUCUCCCGGAGAGGUGUUUCAGACCUGGUCCUUCCUUGACUCAUUACGCGAAUUUCACGUCGGCUCUAUCCUACGUGGCUGCCUACGGGUUGGAGAGCAUCACCAAACCGCUUCUUCAACACGGCGCAGAUAUGAGUUGGCUCAACGACAAGUUUCAAACUCCGCUCUCUUUCGCUGCAGGAAAGGCCAUGAGGAUAUUAUCCGAAUCCUGAUUGAUCAAGGCGCACAGCUGGACCCGUCCCCAGAUGGAGCGAAGUCACCGCUUUGUUAUGCUUCCGAAGCUGGAUAUGAAUCAAUCGUACGGCUUCUCAUUGAGAGGGGGACAAAUGUCAAUUCCCAAGACGAGGAACAGAGAUCCCCCUUACUUUAUGCCAUCCUAGGCAAUCAUGUGCAUAUUGCUGUAGAACUGAUCGAAUGCGGCGCCAGUCCCCAUUCUUCAGAUAUUCAAGGGAGAUCGCCUCUAUCGCAGGUAUCUAGAAGAGGGCAUUACGAUCUGGCUGAACUGUUGAUUAGCAACAUAGCGGAAAUCGACAACGAAGACUGCCCCCACAAGACGCCAUUAGCUUAUGCUGCCACAGAGCUCGAGUUCGAGACUAUCCAGGUCUUAUUGAAACAUGGGGCAGACAUUGAGGCAGUAGACGGCGAGUCUGCCAUGUCCCUAGCACUCGAUGAAACCCAUCCAGAUAUCGUGCGAGCCUUCAGCAAUCAUGGUGCUGUGCGGCCAAAGGCUGAAUGCCAUAUUGUCCGCGAAUCAUUACAAGGGGACGUGAUGGAUAAUGAGAAAGAUACAGAGGAGACCAAAGAUGCAGUGCAGGUGGUCCCUCGCCAUCGUAAGAAGCUGAAGCUGAAGCUGAAGCCGAAUCGCACUCAUCGUUGUCCCAGGUCGAAGGCAUAG